AUGUAUGCAGCCUACCACAGAAUCAAGAAGGCUGAUGGCUCAGUAUGUUCGGAUCAAGGCGAGCUUCUCGAGCGAUGGCGAAGCCAUUUCGGGGCCCUCGAAGCUGGCCGAGCCACAUCUGUGCUGGCCCUCGUAGAGGAGGCGCUCGCCACCUCUGGCGCACAGCAGGAGCAUUGGCCACAUCCUGAGGAUACUGAUUGCGCCCCAACGGAGGCAUUCUUGCAAAGGACUCUAGCCUCGGCGAAGCUCGGGAAGGACAGGAAGUGGUGGGGUGGAAAGGAGGCUGUUCCGUCUUCUUUCAUAAGAAACGAGGCCUCCUUUAAAGAGGUUUUUCGAAAGGACGGCGCCGCCCUUGCAACUGGGAGGGCGCACUGGUUGCAGUGUGGUCUUUGGGGCCCAUCUGGCCCGGCCCAGCUUCCUUGUGUUCGCAGACAUCGCGUCAGCGUUCUACGGGGCGAUCACCCAGUUGAUCGCAUCAUGCAACGGCACAAUAUCGGAUCCGGACUUUGCCAAAUUACUGGACAGCCGAACCUCACUGCAGAGGAUGUGGCCGACAUCCGUGCUCACUUGCAAGCGGACUCGGCUAUGCAUACUGCUGGAUCCAACGCAUGGCUUGAAGCCCUGGCUGAUAACAUUUCCGGCGGGAACUGGUUUAUCCUCAAGAACGACGUCGUUCCGGUGAGGACAUAUCGGGGAACCAGGCCGGGAUCGGCUUUUGCAGACGUAGUUUUCGCACUUCUGAUCCCGAGAGUUUUGGCACUUCGUGAUGCCCUCCGCAGUUCGGCCAUUGAGCACUCAUGCGCCCCUGUUCUUCCGUGGGACGGGGAGUUUGUCUUGAAGGCGUGCACCUGCGAGGACUCGCGCUCCUCCGUCACGGUUUCCGAG